AUGUAUGUGAAAUGGUUUGAUACAGUAAUGUUUUACUAUGCAAUUUUAGUGAACUUAAAUGUCACUUGAAUGUCACUUUUUGUCAUUUUCAAAUUUCCCGCUGUACGUCCCGACAUCGCAGGGGACGGAACCCAGAAGACAGAUGACGGCAUCCGCUGGAGGACAUUACAGGGGACACUGCAGUAGGGACAUCACGGGAGCGCAGGACAAGGUAAGAGAAGAACAGAUCCUGGAGCAGUGCCGCAUGGUAAGCCUGAGUGUAGCUCGGGGUUACCGCUUGUGCUACACUCGAGAAUACCGCCAGGGAGGCUAC